AUGGUUGAGCUUCGAAAGCGCAAAGCGCCAACUCAAUUGCCUGUGGCAGAGAAAAGGACCAGAAAAGGCCAACGGUCAACCACUGUACCAGAAGGUGUGCCCCAGGAGAACGAAUCGUCCACGGUCUCGGGAGGGUUCCUCGAAGUCGGCAACAAAAUCAUUUUGGAUGGAUUUGGUGGAGAGAUUGAAACAAAUGAUGGCAUAAAGACAACACUCUAUAAGUUGGUUAAUGAGAGCAAAUCAGGUGUUGUGCUCUUUACAUACCCUAGAGCCUCCACCCCCGGCUGUACAAAGCAGGCCUGCAUGUUUCGCGACAACUAUGACUAUUUGACUUCGACUGGCUUCUCCAUCUAUGGACUGUCUGCGGAUUCGCCAAGAGCAAACACCACCUUCAAAGCCAAACAGAGUUUACCCUAUCCUCUUCUCUGCGAUACUGCAUCUUCACUGAUUGCGGCUCUGGGGUUCAAAAAGGCACCUAAAGGAACAACUAGGGGCAUUUUCGCUGUAGAUAAGGAAGGUACUGUUCUGCUGCUGCAGCCUGGUGGCCCGGAUGCCACGGUGGAGGCUAUGCGGCAAUUGAUUGCAAGGAAAUCUAGUAGUAGCAGUUCAGAAUCGGGUAUCUGA